UUGGCGCUGAUAUUCAUGGCCGCUGAUAUCGGUGAUAACAAUGCUGUUAUCAUCUGCAAAAAAAUGUAACUUAGAUCUCAACCUGCCUACUGAAAUCAACAAUUCUUCGGCGUACAAGGUGUCUUCUUCAUUUAGUGGAUAUUACACCCAGGUUUUCACUGAGUGUUAUUGACAUACGUUGUCACCUCUCACUGUGAUUCCCGCCAGUUGCCAAGGUAAAGAGAUGAAGACGGCGUUGUUGCUGCUGCUGUUGAUGAUGCUGGGGGCGGCGAGAGGAGCUUACGACAGCUCGGUAUGCGCCAUGACGGGCCCCACGCCAUCAGCCCCUCAGCGGAUGCCUGACCAGCUUCCGCCGACCUUCGAGGUCCACAUCGAGUGUAUCAUCGUGAACAAGAACAUCUCCGUGGAAGUGCACGAGUUCUUUGACUACAACAUGAACAUGGGCGUCAUCCACCAGACGCAGCAGGGAAAGACUUUCUACGGCUACUUCGACUACAACAACAACGAGUUCCUCACGAUAUAUCCCGAUACGAAGACAUGCUACGUGACGGACAUAUCGAGGGCCAGUCAGCGCUUCCUGUUCGGGUUCCAGCAGAACGGUCAGGGCGGCCACAUCUACACGGCGGCGGGGGCCCUCCAUUUCUCCGGGGAUGGAGUGCAGGAGCUCUACAUCGGGCCGGACACUGUCCGAGGCAUCAACGUCCAGACAUGGCACUCGUGUCAGUAUUGGCAGAACAUGGACACUACCAUGAAUGUCACGUGGUACUUCUCAGAUCCCGACUCCUGGGACAUGGCCCUAAGCCUCCCUGACGUCCCGAUCCGGGCUCACGUGGUCGGGAAAGUGGGGACCCAGGCAGGAGGUCCCGCCCACAGCUUUGAACACAUCUACGACUUCAUACACUUCAAGGACUACAUAGACGCACCAUAUGCAUUUGAGACGCCGGCGGAUGUGUCGUGUCCGGGAAGGGUCGACACAAAGCCGUUCCCGACGAUAGCCCCCGCGUUCCAAAUGACUGUCGAGAUCGUGAACAGCGUCGAAAAAGUCGUCUACUUUAUGAAGGAGUGGUACGACAGCUCCUACAAGCUCACCAAGUACGUCUACACGCCGGCACCAGGAACAAGUUCGUUCGGAACACGACCUUUGACGGAAAUACACGAUUUCAAUACUGGCAUGGCGUACGUGACGGACAACGAACAGGGCAACUGCACGUGGAUGUUGAUAGAACAGUCUAGGUUUGAUGACAAAAGGGCUGGACCGUACGACGUCAGGCAGAGGACGGGAUAUGAGUUCUUCAAUAUGGACUUCACAUCCCCCUCAGUGACGUAUGAAGGCGUGAAAAACGCACGUAAUAUCGAUGCAGACACAUGGGUGGGACGGAGGACCGAUUAUCCAUACGAAAACCCAGUCAACAGCACGUGGCAGUGGUUCUUCAGGACGGAUAACUACACGUCAGUGGAGGACAAGCAAGCCCUGUUUCAAGGCGGGGUUCCGCUGCGGAUGACAGUAUCGAUGGAUGUUUUCAACCUCCACUACGAUUACAACAUCUACGACUACACCCAAAACCGCCCCGACCUCCUCAACUGGGACAUCAGCGCCUGCUACGUGAACUUAAACAGGAGGAGGUUUGACUUCACAGUCCCAGGUACCUAUGCUGGAACUAUUGACCGCGACAGAACCACCUUCAGCUAUACAGUCCUGGAGGAGAUAGUCGUCAUCACCGGAGCGUCACCACUGAGAGUCUCGCAGCUCAGGCUUGUCUUCGAGGAUGACGUCCACAUCCGGUUCGACUUACUGGACUGCGCGCCGAUGAGGGGAAACGUCCACAAUGAGUCGAACGAGGUGUCUCUGGACGUUGCCGUCGCUUCCUUCAUGAACGCCAUCAACAACAGACAGUUUGUCAUCCCCUUCACUCCACUCAACCAGGGACAGCCAAUCAACAUCGUGGUGCCCCCCCAAUCCAUCCGCGAGUACACGUAUGAGGAUGAGCUGUACCCCCAGGGCGGAGGCUACAGCGACGGUGCUAUGGGUGGACUGGGGUUUGGCAUGGUUCUACUUGGGGUGCUUUGUGGUGGAGCCGGGUCCUACUUUUUCUUCAAAUAAGGUAGGGGAAGGAGUCAAGUGUGUCCAUCCCUGUGUUGGCCCUGCACCCCUUUCAUAUGUCCAACUGUCGGACCGCUCAUAUGUCAUUUUCCCUUCUGUGUUGAAAGUUGAUCAACAGGGUACUCGUAACUUUCUUUGUGAUUUCAGAGGAUAAUAAACAAUAUUCAUGUUCACAUCAUCACUCUCUAAAGCUCUGUCGCUGUAUCUACUCCCGGAGCUAUAGCAACCUCCGGUGUCUAUUCUGUACAUCAAAGUUCAGAGAUCUUUCUGUUUAUCAUAUAAUGGAUAGUGUUAUCAAGCGAGCGAGGCAUAUGAUAAACUUGGUAUCACGAUCCGAUAAAUAUACAAAUGAGGUCACUUAGAUAGAAUUAUUUGCUGAGCAAACUAUAUGCUACGUCCACAAUAUAUGUGAACAUGGGUUUUCAUAUGUGUAGGCGUUUCUGUGGAACAACAUGGCUGUCACUUGACAAAUUGGCGAUUAAAUCAAACAUUGUUUUCAUACUUGGCUUUGGAAACCAUUUCAUUGAGUAUAAUUAUGUCGAAACAUCGAUUAUGUUAAGAAUGACAUUAAAUAUUAGAUAUAUCAUUACCUUCGCUUCGUGUGUAUCUGUACCGUCUAUAUAUUAUUCAUUGUAUUAGAAAUAAAAUUGUAUGAAGAGAAUCUGGAGUCCAAGGGAUCACUUCGUACAAGUGUGAGAACAACAUGAUCAUUGAGACCAUUGCAUGUUAUCAUGUCUUAGCAGGCUCACGUGUCCUUUUCCAGCAAGUCUGAAUAAAAGCAAGUUUGGCA